AUGGAAGACGAAGCCCGAAGACUGAAGACCGAAGAGGGAAGACACGAAGCCCGAAUAAGGAAACCCGAAGCCCGAAUAAAUGAAGACGAAGCCCGAAGACUGAAGACGCGAAGCCCGAAUACUGAAGACGAAGACCGAAGAGGGAAGACACGUAGCCCGAAAAAGAAGGCCCGAAGACUGAAGACGCGAAGCCCGAAUACUGAAGACGAAGACCGAAGAGGAAAGACACGAAGCCCGAAAAAGGAAGACCCGAAACUGAAGACUAAGACCGAAGAGGGAAGAUACGAAGCCCGAAGCCCAAAUAAGGAAGACCCGAAGUCCGAAAAAGGAAGACCUGAAGUCCGAAAAAGAAAGACCCGAAGCCCGAAAAAUGAAGACGAAGCCCGAAGACUGAAGACGCGCAGCCCGAAAACUGAAGACGAAAAUCGAAGAGGGAAGACACGAAGCCCGAAUAAGGAAACCCGAAGCCCGAAUAAGAAAGACCCGAAGCCCGAAGACGCGAAGACGCGAAGACGCGAAGACGCGAAGACGCGAAGACGCGAAGACUGA